AUGGGACAAUUCAAAGGAUUGUUUGAAUCUCCAAAACAGCCAGUUCCAAAGAUGUUAAUGGUCACAACACCUGUUUCAAGAUUAGCUAACGUUCGAUAUGCUCAUCCUUUAAACAUCCCAGAUUCUGCUGAAGUGAGUUCGUCAAACGAAUUUGAUCAUGCACUCCUUUCAUCUCACAUGUCCAAGGAUGUUUUCAAGAAACAAGAUAUAGGCUCGAAUCGUGGAAGGAUUCCAAGCACAAUUGUACCAGUUAAUAAUCCUGGUUCUACUAAGCAGAUAAUUCAAGAUAGGUGUCAAACAAGAGUUACAGAAGCUAAGCAUAAUCUGGCUUAUGCCCGGUCAGAAGAUGGUGCAAAUCAUACCACUAUAAAGUCUCCCACAAGCAGGGUUAACCCAUCUUGUAAUACUCUGAAUGAUUUAUCAACCUUUUUAGAGUUAUCCCCGUUAUCUUGCAAUAAAGGUACUUGUGGAGACCAAAAUCUUGACAAUGAUAUCAUUAGAUCUUUAAUUGAUGAUAACGAUCGGACCAUGUCCAAUCUUUCCGACAGUGGUGAGAUUCUUCCUCUGGUUGACAGAGAAAAUACCAAUUCAUAUAAAGGGGAAGUUAAUCGUAAAACAAUUUAUGUUCUAUACAAGUAA